AUGAUAAUUAUACCUUUUAAGAGAUUUUUUUUUUCUUGCCGGAUUAGUUGUCCUAUCUUGUUUGAUCUAUCUAUCUAUCUAUCUAUCUAUCUAUCUAUCUAUCUAUCUAUCUAUCUAUCUAUCUAUCUAUCUAUCUAUCUCAUUGUAAAAAUGCCGCAAUUUAAUUCCGAUUUAAUUGCUCCUCUUCUUCUUCUUCUUUUUCUUCUUCUUCUUCUUCUUUUCUUCUUCUUCUUCUUCUUUUUCUUCUUCUUUUUCUUCUUCUUCUUUUCUCUCAUUUUCUUAUUCUCUUCCUUUUUCUUCUUAUUCUCCUUCUUUUUUCUUCUUCUUAUUCUCAUUCUUCUUUUUUCUUUUUCUUUUUCUUCUUCUUCUUUUAGUUCUUGUCGUCUUUUUCUUCUUCCACUUUUUCUUGUUAUUUUCUUCUUAUUAUUAUUUUGCUUUUUCUUCUUUUUCUCCUCCUCUUCUUCAUAUUUUCUUUUUAUUAUUCUCUUUCUCCCCCUUCAUUUCUUCUUCUUCUUCUUCCUCUUUUUUUCUUCUUCUUCUUCUUCUCUUUCUUCUUCUUCUUUUUCUUCUUGUUCUUCUUCUCUUUCUUCUUCUUUUUUUCUUCUUCUUCUUUUCUUCUUCUUGUCUUCUUUUUCUUGUACUUUUCUUAUUAUUCUCCUUCUUCUUUUUUCUCCUCCUCCUCCUUUUUCUCCUCCUCCUCCGCUUUUUUCUUCUUCUCUUUUUCUUCUUCUUAUUUUCUUUCGCCCCCCCCUCGUCCUCCUCCGCCUCCCCCUCUUCUUCUUCUUCUUCUUCUUCUUCUUCUUCUUCUUCUAUCGCUGA